AUGGAGGCCGCCCCGGGGCCAGAGAAACCGGACCACCCCGCAGCCACGGACCCCGGCUGCCUGCUGCGGCGUUCUGCGCCGUGGUCGUCGUCGUGGCUGUCUGCCACGGCCGCGGGCCUCGUCGCGGUGGGGCUCGGUGGCGCGGCGCUGCUGGUGUGGUGGGCGCUGGCGUUCCACCCGGCGAACGCGCGGCUCUGGAUGGUGCCCGCGGGGCUCGUCCUCCUCGGCACGCCCGUCCUGGCCUGGCUCUCCCUCCUCGCCUCCGGCCCGUGUGGCCGCCAGGCGCCACCGCCACCGCCACCGCCCGACGCUGGCGUGUACGCGUCAGCUUAG